GAUCCCACAUCCACAAAGUCUUCUUUAUGUGUGGUGCAAAUUCAUGUUUUGUUCUGAAGAAUCUAAGACAGCUUUGAGAACCAAACGACCAACAAUUUGCACUCGCCAAGAUCCAGACUACUUUCAAAAGUAAACAUCACUUUCUCGGCGGUUCAUGAUACACUAGUGUUCAAUAGUGGGGUGCGAAGAUGGACUAUUCCGAUGAAGUUUUCAAGAAAAAAUCUCCAAGAUAAUUCUGAACAGGCUUUUAAUUCCGUCAAUUAAUUCACUGUUCAAUAUUGCAUGCAAUUAUACUUAGGUCAUACCAAAAGUCUUUACGAAGGCAUAUCAAUUUCUUAUAGAAAGCUUGAAGAAAUUUUUUUUCUAUACAGUCGGAUAGAGAAAAGAAUACUUUAUUUUUCUAUGAUAUUUGAUCAUACUUCAACUAAUAUCAUAAUCAUAAAAUGUCGAUAAGAUGUGUUUUGAUGGCAUGUGCCACGGAUUCAUGAAUGCUAGGGAGUACUUUUUCAAUGAUUUUUGAUAAAGCAAGAUAGAGAACUGCGGUUUUCACCGUUGGAAAGAGAAGAUGAAGAUGCAUCGAAUCGUGUAUUAUAGACUUGUCUAAUAUUGAUUUCUGAAGCACUUUUAUUCAAUUUUGUAACUGUCGGAAAAAUGUUUUUUUAAUGAAAAAAGGAAAAAGCAUAAAAGUGAGCUUUUCCAUGGUUUUUUGCUAGAAAAUCGUAUUAGAGGGUCGACCAGAAUACAUAUUACUCAUCUUAGCCUUUCGCUCUUUGCAGAUCUUUGCUUAGUGGUUUAAAUUUAUACUUGAUUAUUGAAAAUUCACUGCAAACAGCUUACCAGAUAGGUUUGUUCUUAAAAAGAUCAAUUGAAAACCUUACAAAAAAACAGAUAAAAAACCAUGAAAUAUACGACUCGAUGCGUCGUCAUUUUCCUCUUUCCAACGGGAAAUACCACAGUUCUCUAUCUUGUUUCUAUCAAAAGUUAUUCAAAAAAUACAAACAUUCAUAUAACCGUUACAUAUCAUAUCAAACAGCUCUUUGCCGAAAUUUUAUAAUUAUGAUAUUAGUUGAAGUAUGAUCAAAUAGCAUAGAAAAAUAGAGCAUUCUUUUCUCUAUCAGACUGUAUAAAAGAAAGUUUCUUCAAGCUUUCCUUAAGAAAUUGAUAUCGGUUCGUAAAGACUUUUGAUAUGACCUAAGCAUAUGAUGUUUGUCCUGUUGGAGACGAGAAGUGCUUACAUUGGUAACCGUUCUGAAGAAGAAAGAUGAGUCUAUCUAAAGGGAAAAAUAAAUUGAGAACAUAGCAUACAAUAGUGUUUCAUUACGUCGAAAUUGGAAAACUUAUGCUGCGUAUUAAGACAAAUUAGUAAUAUGAAAAACAUACGCAAGUCAGUUAUGGAUCGAAUCAUAAUUGCUGUUCAUAUCUAGCUUCCUUGUUCUUAAGAGAAUAAUAAAGUACUAUGAGCCAUCAUCCGAACCCGUCCUAUCGUAACAAAGUCAAUUAGUGACUUAUUCAUUACGCAGCGAGUGCAUUGUUUAUCCCACUUAUAUUAUUUAAGACUAGUUGUUAAUCUAGAAUCAUGAAAACUACCAUUAUACCUAUGAUAGUUUUGCACUAACGUUUGAAGUAACAGAAUCAAUAAGUGCAAUUCGAGGAAAAUGAGACACCUUACUUAUUUUAGUUGAUCAGCUAAAUGCAAACAGUACUAAUGCAUCAUCAACUUCAGCGGCAGUAUCUGCAACCCAAAUUGGGCUAUUUACUGGCACAACAACAACUCUACCUAUGCAAACUACUGCGACGAAAACAACUCGCACUACCCAAACUACUCGAACUACUGUAACCACUGUAACCGUCACGACUCGCACCACUCAGAUUACACAAACUAGUGCAACGACGACAACUCAUACUACUAAAACCACUCGAACAACAGUUAAUAUAACUGCUACUGAUCAAACAACUACAGAUACUACAACGCCAAUGGUGGUCAUCCCCACACUUAUUCUUACUUCUGAAACACCAACAACUACAACAACGUCUGAGACAACUACAGCAACGUCUGAGACAACUACAACAACGUCUGAGACAACUACAACAACAUCAGAUACCACUACAAUAACGUCUGACACAACAACUCGAACGACAACCAUUACUGUCACCACAAGCAUUUUGGUAGUUACUACCACUAGUAGCACUACAAGUGUUAUGACCUCAACAACUAUAGUAUUGUCCAGCACUACAGGUAGAGUUGAAAAACAGCAUCUGCAAAGAUAA